GUGAUUUAUUUUUUCAAGCGUCUACUUUUGUCUUUUGUUAUUAUUAAAAUAACGCAUAACCCUAAAUUAAUUAAAGUUUUGCAUUUAUUUUAGCAACAAAGCAAUCAAAUAAACUUCAUUUCGAUGUGAACAUAGUGUUUUUCGUGAUAAUAAGGAAUACUGCAUCGAAAUAACAGCGAAACUAUGUUUUGCAUCCAAGAAGCAGAUUCACUCCAUUCGGAGCCCUUCAGAACGUCCGACAAAGACCCUCUCAACCAAUCAGACUCCAGCGAUGACGAACCAACCUCAAAACGUCUCAAACUCACACCCGAAUUCAACUUACAAGUGUAUCAAAUACCAGCGUUUUCCACACCAAAGUCCUUAACCAUAUUCCCAACCACCACAAAUACGUUACCAAAAUUUGUUAACAACCCGUUAAAUCUAGCUAACCCAUUAGCAUUUGCAACAAAUAACUUGCAUACAAACAAUAUCGUUAAAAGUUUGCACAGUCGUUAUUCGUUGCCUGCUAAGUUAACUAUAACGCCUGUAACAAAACCAGUGGAUGGAGAGGUAGUGAGAUACAAGAAGAAUGGAGAAAUUGCUAAGAAGAGAGGUCCUCCCAAAGGUUACAAGCGCAAACCUAAAAUACUGACACAGAGUUUCACCCAGGGAGCUGUAUUACAGGCCCAGAACACCAUACUGACGAGUCUGCUGGCGGCCAACACCACCCUCACCACCGUCACCCUCCCCCCGCCGCCGCCCGAACCCCGCCCACAGCCCAAACUACCGCCAGGGACGGAGCUGGUAGAGCUGCAGUUGGACCCCUCGGACUGGUUCCCGGCGGAGCCCUACAGGAUGGUGUUCAGCCGGAAGAAGAACCCCAAGUGGAAGAGCUUCCCCUACCGAUGUGAACACUGUUUUAAGGGCUAUCGCGUGGUGUCGACGCUGGUGAGCCACGCCGCGGAGCGCCACGGCAGCGUGCCCAAGGAGCUCGCGAUCCCGUGCCCGUGCUGCCCGCACGUGUCGCUCCGCAGGAAACACCACAAGAAGCACCUGGAGCAGCACGAGAGCCGGAAACACAGGAUAUUCUGCGUCUACUGCUUGCCGCCAGUGACCUCAACGGAGCCCUACGUGAAAGAAUCCGAGAGGUUUCCGUUCGACAAGUUCCCGCAGUACUGGUACGCGUCGGAAGAGUCCCUCCGUCUGCACAAGAAGAGGAAACACCCCUACGCCGCCAUGUUUAACUACAACUGGUUCUGCUCCUGGGCUGACUACGCGCCGAAUAGCUAGUUACAAAAAUCCCUACUGGUUUUGGUAGGAUUUGUAAAAAAAAAUGGUAUUUUCCACUGUUAUGGUAGAAAUUCAAUACUGACUGUACACUUUUUUACCAUUGAUAGACACAACUUAUCAGAAAUCUAUCAUAACUUAAUUACCGUAUUAUUUUUUUAAAUAACCGUAGUUUGAUUGUCAAAACCUACGAUAAC